AUGACGACGCAGCAAGAAGCAGAGGCCAAGAACCUCGAGCAGCCGAUCCAGGAGGUCGACACCAACAUGCUCUCUCCCAUUCCUACCGGGAGGAGAUCCAGACGGGAGACGCGGAGGCUGUCCAGCCAGAGCGUCACUCGAGCCGAUCUCUUCUCAGGUCCCACGGUCGUCGCACCUCCCGAUCACCUCAAGAGCAAGACCAGUGCCAAUGAGACGGCCCAGGCCAUGGAGAUGGCCAAAUACCACUUGGCCGAAGGGUCCGAGACUAGCACACCCAACGAGUCCGGCCCUCCAACGCCCGACGACUCGGGGCUCAAGACCACCGACAAGUACGCCUUUGCCUUCGAUAUUGAUGGCGUGCUCAUCCGAGGUGGCGAGGUCAUCCCAGAAGCCAUCGAGGCCAUGAAGGUCUUGAACGGUCAGAACGAAUAUGGUAUCAAAGUGCCGUAUAUUUUCGUGACCAACGGAGGUGGAAAGACCGAAGAGGAGCGAUGUAUCCAACUUUCGCAACAGCUGCAGAUGGAAGUGUCUCCUGGCCAGUUCAUCUGUGGUCAUACCCCGAUGAGAGAAAUGGCCGAGAAAUACCACACGGUUCUGGUCGUUGGCGGCGAAGGCGAGAAGUGUCGCAAGGUCGCCGAGGGCUAUGGAUUCAAAGAUGUCAUCACGCCGGGAGACAUCAUCAAGGAUAACAAAGACACAACACCCUUCCGGACUUUGACCGAGGAGGAGCUGCGGAACUCGAAGAAGCGCAACUACGGAGAAGUCAACAUCGAGGCCGUGUUCGUCUUUGCUGAUAGCAGAGACUGGGCCGGAGACUCUCAAAUCAUCCUCGACCUGUGCAUGAGCAAGAACGGCCGCCUGGGAACCCGAUCCGAGACUUUCGACGAAGGCCCACCGGUCUAUUUCUCCCACAACGACAUCGUCUGGGCCACGUCCCACACCUACUCUCGCAUCGGUAUGGGUGCUCUCCGAGCUUCUCUGGAGGCCAUGUUCAAGGCCAUCACCGGCAAGGAGCUCAAGACCAUCGCUUUCGGAAAGCCACAAGUCGGCACCUUCGAAUUCGCCACCCGACUUCUCCGACAAUGGCGGAAGGACACUCACGGCAUUGACCGCCCUCCGGAGACGGUGUACUUCGUCGGCGACACCCCAGAGUCUGAUAUUCGGGGCACCAACGAGUUCGACGAGAGCGGCAAAUCCGACGCCCAGUGGUUCUCCAUUUUGGUCCGGACCGGUGUCUUCCGAGAAGGCACGCGUCCUGCCUACAUGCCCAAGAUGACGGUGGACAACGUCCUGGAAGCCGUCAAGUUUGGCAUGAAGCGUGAGUUCGAGAAGCAAAUGAAGAACCUCACCAUUGGUGGCGGCGCACCUCAGCUGGCCAACGCCAUUGCCGAGGAUGACCUUGAGCAAGAGGAAGAAGAAAAGCAACGACAAGAACAACAGCAACAGCAGUAA